AUGAUAACGCCACCGAGCGAGAACGAGAGUGUGAACGCGCAGACACCAAUUCCUCUAGCAGGCAAGAAAAGAAUUGGUCUCGUAGGAACUCCUCAAUCGACGGAUCGACUUAAACAGCCUUUUCACAUCACAUCAGGGGAAGAUAAGGAGAAUGCUCCUCCUGCGACACAGAGAGGUCGAUUAUAUGGCGGAACCCCUCAAUCUGUUGACAAACUAGUCAAACCAUUCCGAUGUCCCGGUUCAGCAACAAUUACUCGAGCCUCCGUGAAGCCCGCUCGGAAAAGGCGGAAGGUCGACUAUGGAGGUGCAGAUGGCGAGCAAGAAGAUGGUGAAGACAAACCUUGGACGAAUGAGGAUCGAUUGGCUCUUGCGAAUAGAGAUGCGAAUAAGUUUCCUGUUUUCCAGGUCAAGGAUAAAGAUAGCAUGUUUAGGAAACGGUUUUCAGUGCCACUAAUAAAUAAAGAUGGAGGAGGAUAUAAUCCUAAUCGACCGCCGCCAACACUCGGAUUGAGGCAGGGUGCGGUGUUUAUUGCAAAGGCUUUACAUGAUCCUAGCGGCGAGUUUGCGAUUGUUCUCUAUGACCCUACGAUUGACGAGAAGCCGAGGAGUAUUCAACAGGCCAAAAAAGAGGAAGAGGCCAAGAAAGAAAACGAACAAAAUGAAGCAAAGAAGGACGACGAACCCGAAAAACCCAUACUAAAGCUAGAUGCACCACUGGCACAUAAAAGUUUGGCGGAGAUAUUAGGCAUAAAGAAGGUUGUGGAAGGCGAACGACCCAAGGUCCCGGUUGUAAUUGAUCCUCGACUCGCCAAGGUUUUGCGACCUCAUCAAAUUGAAGGUGUGAAAUUUAUGUAUAGAUGCGUUACUGGUAUGGUGGACGACAGGGCGAAUGGUUGUAUCAUGGCAGAUGAGAUGGGUUUGGGAAAGACUUUACAGUGCAUCGCUCUCAUGUGGACAAUGCUGAAGCAGUCUACCGAUGCUGGGAAACCGACUAUCAAUAAGGCCAUUAUUGCCUGCCCUUCCAGUUUAGUCAAGAAUUGGGCAAACGAGUUGGUCAAGUGGUUGGGCCCGGAUGCUAUUCAACCAUUCGCAAUUGACGGUAAAGCUUCGAAGGAGGAACUCACCCAGCAAUUACGACAGUGGGCUAUUGCGAGUGGUCGAUCCAUUACGAGGCCUGUUAUUAUAGUUUCUUAUGAAACGUUACGACUUUACGUUGAUGAACUCAAGCAUACUCAAAUUGGACUUAUGUUAUGUGACGAAGGUCAUCGCUUGAAGAACGGAGACAGUCAGACUUUUGUAGCAUUGAACAGUCUGAAUGUUACUAGAAGAGUCAUUUUGUCUGGGACGCCAAUUCAAAAUGAUCUGACGGAAUAUUUCUCUCUUGUCAGUUUCGCCAAUCCCGGUAUUCUAGGCACUCGAAUGGAGUUUCGCAAGAAGUAUGAAUUACCAAUUCAACGUGGUCGAGAUGCGGCUGGAAGUGACAAAGAUCGAACCAGGGGAGAUGAAUGUAUCAAAGAUCUCCUUAAUAUCGUCAACAAAUUCAUCAUUCGCAGAACAAACGAUAUUCUCUCCAAAUACCUACCCGUCAAAUACGAGCACGUCGUAUUUUGUAGCCUCGCACCCUUUCAACUCGAUCUAUAUAAUCAUUUUAUCACCAGUCCAGACAUCAAAGCUCUCCUAAAAGGGAAAGGGAGUCAACCUCUCAAAGCCAUUGGCUUGCUCAAGAAACUUUGCAAUCACCCCGACCUUCUGAAUCUUUCCGACGACCUUCCCGGCUGCGAACAAUACUGGCCCGAGGACUACGUUCCCAAGGACGGGCGUGGUCGCGAUCGCGAUAUCAAACCUUGGUAUUCAGGGAAAAUGCAAGUCUUGGACCGCAUGCUCGCGCGCAUACGUCAAGAUACCAACGAUAAAAUCGUGCUAAUCUCUAAUUAUACACAAACUCUCGACAUGUUCGACAAAUUAUGUCGUAACCGCGGCUACGGCUCCUUGCGUCUCGACGGCACCAUGAACGUAAGCAAGCGUCAAAAGCUUGUCGACAAAUUCAACGACCCGGACGGCCAAGAAUUUGUUUUCUUGCUUAGUAGUAAGGCCGGUGGAUGUGGUCUCAAUCUCAUCGGAGCCAAUCGUCUCGUCCUCUUCGAUCCCGAUUGGAACCCCGCCGCCGAUCAACAAGCCCUAGCUCGAGUUUGGCGUGAUGGUCAAACGAAAGAUUGUUUCGUAUACCGCUUCAUCGCCACCGGCACCAUUGAAGAAAAAAUCUUCCAACGUCAGUCCCAUAAACAAUCGCUUUCAUCCUGUGUUGUCGAUUCCGCGGAAGACGUCGAGAGACAUUUUAGUCGGGAUUCGUUGAGGGAGUUGUUUCAAUUCCGGAAGGAUACGACGAGUGAUACACAUGAUACGUUAAAAUGUAAGAGGUGUAAGCCGGAUGGGAAACAGUUUUUGAAAGCCCAGGCUAUGAUGUAUGGUGAUACGAGUACGUGGAAUCAUUUUGUUAAUAGUGGACUGGGGACGAUACAGGAUUUGUUGUUGAGGCAGGAGUGUGGGGAUGAGAAUGUUAGUGCAGUAUUUCAAUAUAUCAGUCAUUAA